GUAGAUUGGAAACUUUACUUUUGCAGCAAAUUAAUGUAACAUAAUGUUACCAUUAAUUAUUCUUUCGGUUAUUAUAAAUAAAAUUUUAUAACGAAAAUUUUGUAAGAAGCGUCUACUUUUAAAGAGAAUAUUUUUGUCAUGAUUAAUAAUACCAAUCAUUUACAACAUACAUGUAAUUAUUGAAUCAUCACUAUUGCUUAUUUACAGAAGCAGCCUAACAUCGUGAUUAUGUACCGAAAUCAUUGAUUUACAUGUUUUUUGGCGCUAUUUCAUAGUAAAGUGCAAGAUGCAUACAUUCGUUUCGUUUUAUUUUUUACACAUCCUUCCUUAUCAACGUAAUCACAAUUAAAAUAAUAGCGUCUUAAUUAAGAAAAAUGAAGACCAAAAAACAAUGGAAAUUGAAGAUAAAUCUUAUCUUUCAUUUCCACCCCCGCAGACAAUUCAAAGACGGAAGUUUCAAUCUCAUAUCUAUCUAUUAGGAUGCGCACAUCCAGUUUGAAUUAUGUCGUUUAGAGUACAGUUUAUAAAAUGCAUGGUGUGUGUCAUUUUGUAUAUUAUCGUUUGUUUUAUUUGGUUGAGGAUGAAACACCGUUCUGAUUUUGUGGUACGAUCCGAUUUACCUCUUUUUGUUAAUCAAUCGAAGGAAAAGUACAUAAUCGUACAACAAACGAUUACGAAAGCAAUCAACAGUUCAGAACGUAAUGAAAUAAUUAGUGACCCGAUUAAUUCACAGGAAAGCAUAUCCUUAUUGCAUCAAAUUUCAAAAAUAUGUGAUAAAUACAAUUUAAAAACUCCAUUGACAAGAAGACAUUUUUUAUAUGACUCUGAACGAAAAUCUGUGUAUUGUUGGAUUCGUAAGAUCGCUUCAACAACUUUUACAAAAUUAUUUUCAGACAUGAAAAAUCGUCAAGUUACACAUGAUUAUUACAGAGAAGUCGAUUUUUUGGCGCCGAAAACUCAAAAAGAACUGCAUCACAUUGUAAAUGAUAAGAACACAUUCAAACUUUUAAUUGUACGACAUCCUUUUCAACGACUUGUGUCAUCAUAUAGAGAUCGUAUAGAAGACAAUUCAAAGUAUACAGCACAAGCUUGGAUUUAUGCUAAAAAGAUUUUUUACCUUACAAGACCUCAUCUUUUUCGUUCCAAUAUAUCCACUGGUGAUUUUCAAGAAAGAGUAUUUACGCACGAUAAAAGAUUAAAACUAAUACCAACUUUUAAAGAAUUCGCGCUGUGGCUCCUUCAAAGUUCAGAACAAGAUGAUGUUCAUUGGGAUCACUAUUAUACACAUUGCAGUGUGUGUAACAUACGAUACAAUUAUAUUUUGAAAUUGGACAAUUAUACAUACGGACAGAUAAAUUAUGUUUUUUCAAGAUUAGGACUAAACUACAAGAACACAUAUUUACCGAGAUUGGAAAAAACUCGAGGAGGCUAUACUAAUUUUGAUACCACGUGUAAAUAUUUCCGGAAUUUAUCACAGGAUAUUAUUUUUAAAUUGUACGAAAGAUAUAAAAUCGAUUUUGAAAUGUACAAUUAUGAUUUGAACCGAUACAUAUUUUGUACAAAUAAAAAGAAUUAAUUGUUAUGUUGAUCCAGUUGUGAGUAAGGAUAGAUUAUAGUACCAAAAAGUAUUUAUUUCUUUUUAUAUAAAAAUGUAUGGUACACUCAUGAAAUGAUAUACUAGAAACAUAAAAUUACGCAUUUUCAUAAAUACUCAUAAGGAAUACAAUCAAAAUAGUCGUAUUAA